GAGGCGAAUCCAAAACCCUGGUUGGUUCUAGCAAUUUCCGUUCCAAAUAGCACACAGCACGAUUAAACCUUCUGAACUUCCUUCAUCUUCUUCUUCUUCGCUAAAAUUCACGCUCUCACAGCUUCAUUUCCACCUCGAGCAAGAUUCUGUUCAUGGCGGAAGACUUGUCUCUUGAUUUGGAGGAGCUUCGCCACCUCCACAGCAUUGCCAAGAGGCCUCGAGUCGUCUCUCUCAUUUCCUCUGAGAUUAGCAACUUAGAGAAGUUGUCAAAAGAGACUGUCCUACAAACUCACGCUUCCAUUCCUGUUUCAAUUUCAACUGCUAAGGUGCCCAUCAAUUCAGGCAUUGUUUACACUCCACUACCGGGAUUCAGCUGGGAUCAGGACAAUGACAAAGUGAAGAUAUAUGUGUCGCUUGAAGGAAUAGAGCAAGAAAAAGUUGAGGCUGACUACAAGAAACUAUCGAUCGACAUCAAGUUCCAUGAUGUCAAAGGGAAGAAUUACCGGUUUGCAAUUCCUAAACUGAACAAGGAAAUUGUUCCUGAGAAGUGCAAGUUGCUAGUGAAACCAACACGGGCUGUGAUCACGUUGUACAAAGCUUCAAAGGGGAACUGGUUAGACUUGCAUUUGAAGGAGGACAAACUCAAGCCAGGUCUUGAUAAGGAACGCGACCCAAUGGCAGGAAUCAUGGAUUUAAUGAAGAAUAUGUACGACGAAGGAGAUGAUGAAAUGAAAAGAACGAUAGCAAAGGCAUGGACUGAUGCCAGAUCCGGCAAGACCGCUGACCCACUUAAAGGGUUCCCAUGAGCAAGCGCAGGGCAAAUCUAGUUAUCAUCUUUUAGGAAUGGUUUUCUGGUUGGAUGAGAUCAUAUUUGUUUUGAUGAUGUUCAGUGGACCGCGUUUUGUUGGCCUCCCUAUUAUGGUUUGAUUCCUUUAGAUGGCGUUAGUUCUGAAGGAGUUUGUAUAAAAACCUAUGGAUUUUGAUAUCUAUAAAAAGUUCAUAUUUUGCAUUGUA